AUGCGCAUUAUUGGGAUAACCUACCCCAGCGACGACGGUACGCUCCAAACGAUACUAGUGCGAUCCUCGCCUAGUAUGCUCGAUGCUUCCAUACGUCGAAUUCUGCCCUGGUUCUUUAACCACACUAUACCACUGUUUGGCAUCCUGACUGAAAGUUCCGUGGCCUUACGGCUACAAACAAAAACUGACCCAUUCCGGCACUUGCGAGGCUCCAAGUGCCCACCGUUCGAUGGCAAAGGAUUUACUCUGCAGCGCAGCGUCCGGCAUGGUGGGUUGGUUCGCAUCGAUGACGGACUUAAAAUUGCUAUCGACGACUUUAACAAGCUGUGUCCGGGACUUUUCUACGGUACCGUAAAAUAUCCAAGUCUGAACAUUUUACUCUCGUUACGACGCUUCCGGAAGUAUGUCGUGUGUCCCUCCAAACUUUGGAGCGUGCUGUACGAUUGUUUACUCUGCCGGCAGUUUAAUGAGCGGCAGCAAACCGAUGGUGAUUUUAAGCUUGAAAUGCGACAGCUUUUCCACACAACACAGCUGCAAGACUUUCGGCCCCAGAUUGCCGAGUUGCAGGAGCGCAUCGAACUAUCGAAUCAAUACUCAAAUUUGAAGAAUUCGCUUCAGCAGUUGUGUACCCGUGUACAUUCGGAGCAAGUGCAACGGUACCGAAGUGAGGUGAAGCAGCUUAAACUGAUGCUAAGGAACGCUGGAAUCGAAAAACGGCAGCUGUUGGCAAACCAAGUCGUUCGUGAUAUGGACAUAAACCUACUUAUGGAUCGGGAAAUUGCUGCCAUAAGAAUAAUGGUAAUGAAAAGUGAGCUUGAAAACUUGCUGAUUUUCUGUCAAGCAGAACUUAACGAAGCGGAGAAAUCCCUGGAAGUGCGAUCGGAGUUUGAAACAACUUUAGAGGAACUGAAGAAAAGCAUCAUCGAGAUCGAGAAUGUUGUAAGUAAAUUAAAGUCGAUUGAGUUUUUGGAAUUGGAGGUGGAGAAUGUACGAUGCUCCAUCGAAAACAAUCAAUCGUUUAUGAUGCUGCUGAAGAUAAGAAACGAAUACGAACGAAAGAUCUACAUAAGCUAUCUUCAAAUGCACAAACAAUCUAUAAAGAAUUCUAUUCGAAGUGCUGUUGCAGAUGUGAACCGAGAGAAAGGCAAAUUAGCGAGCAGUGUCGAUCAAAUGCACAAGUUUAAAAAUCUGUCGUGUUCCAUUCUAUCGGCAGCGAAUGACGAUGAUUCCAGCUGUGUUGAGCUUAUUGACCAGCUCCAAAACACACUGGUUGAGAUUGUAGAAACCACGAAUAAAAUAACUGCACUCGAAAAUGAAAAUAGUAAUCUUCAGCAUCAGAUUUGGCGCAACUAUCUUGAAGAAAUUCCUUCGAUUCCCUUCACGGAACUGUUGGCCAUUGCUGCGGUGCAGAUAGCCGUAGACCUAUCGGACGUUGCAGUCAAGGAAGACUUUUUAGGCUUCCUGUACGAUCGUGCGCUAGAUACUGGAAUCAGAGCUAAAUGGAGUGAAGGGCUCUCCUGCGCAGCCAUAUUUCGUACGGAAAACAGUGUAGCGCACGUGAAGCGAGUGAUCGAACAGGAAAAACUCCUAACAGUUCGCUUCCCAUACUUUGUGCUGGAAACACGUGUACGAAAUAGUUUGCACAAUUUUCUGCGCAAAAAUGUUCCAGAAGAGGAUGGUGGCGGUACGGUAAAUUAUGAAGAGACUGUGAAAAAAGUAAAUACGGUCGUGGAACGUUUAGUGGCGCAAUUGCAAACCAACAGGAAGUCGCAUGAAGCAGGCGAAUAUUUGAAAAUUCUGAUUUCCAACAAACAUGUACUACUUACGGAUUUGGAUGGAUUUCGCAAUGGCAGCCGUAUUCAGUGGCCCAGAUUAAAAUUUCAAGAUCUUCCAAGCCUGAUAAAUUGCUACAUAACGGCCAACAAUCAUGAAACACGACUUCAAGCGCGCUAUGAUUCAUUGGACAAAUUUAUUACCCAAAUUGAAAAUAACGCUGCUGUACCUUUGCUAAACGAGAACCAGCUGAAAGACGAAGUUUCACGCUUAAACGGAGAACUUGAAACCCUUCUGCAAGCGGUAAGCCAGAACAAAACAUCUUACUACAACGGUCUAAAGGAACUGACAGCAAAAUGCGACACGGUACAAUUCGCGCUCGAACGCUUCUUCGUUGAUGAAGAUUGUUGCCCAAUAUUGGAAGGUAUGACGUCUGCCGUUUACCGAAAACUGAUUGACUGUUGGACGAAUUGUAUUGAAGCAAUUUUGCGCGCCAUCACGGCCAUUGAUCAAAUGGCCAACAUUGUUGUUCCCGCCGAGGUAGAGCGUGAUCCAGUUGAAAUCGAUGAGCUGAUACAGCAAAUUCAAUCUCUCGAUUUGCAAGAAAAAUCUCUUGCCACUUGUAUCGCAAGCACCGAAAACAUGCUGGAAGAUUAUUGCCGGGAAAAAGGUUUCUCGUCGUUCGAGGACAAAAAAUUAAGCCACUUUACCCUAGCACGCCAACGGCCGGUGGAAGAAAUCGACAAAAUGAUGGAAAAUAUAGUUGCCACCCAGCUGCAACUGCAACAACUACCGCCCGGAUACAGCAGCGCGCGGAUUGGCUACUUUAAGUCCAAAGUCAAGUAUCUUACAGUUCUCGAACAGGAACGAUCGGAAGCGAGGGAUAUGUGUUUUAACAAUCUAAUCCUGCCGAUCAUCGACAAGCUGCAUGUGCAGAAGCUGCGCCAGAUGUGUCAACUGGUGUCGUCCAUUUCGGAAGAUUUGCCCGAAAUGGGCGGAACCGUACACGUGUCCUUCGAAUACGAGACACCAGAGAUGGAAGAUAAUGAACGCAACGACUACUCUCAGAUAUCGUUCAGCUUGCAUCGCAUAAAAGCAGUACACAUUCACAUUCUCGAAAACGACAAUGUAGAAGUAUCGCUGAAUGAAACACAGCAGCAUAUUGCCUACCUAAUCCUGUUUCUCAGCUUUCUAUACUGCGACGGUUGUAAGAUCGUCCUGCUGGACAAAGCAUGUGAGCAAUUGUUCGACAAUGGAAUAGUGAGCUUGUUCUACGUGCUAGAAAAAUAUUUCCCGUCGAUGCAGUUCAUCUUUCUUUGA